GAGAGGGGACAUUAUUAGACGGUGAAGGAAGUGUUCGGUGUGGGGGGACUACAGCUGACAAUAAGGGGGGACAGAGCCGGGUCUGUAUUAUAGAGAUCACAGCUGACCAGGGACAGGGGACUCCAUAGGUGACAGGUGAAGAGUCCAGACAGAUACAAAGUCUCCAGACCUCAAACUGCCAUCAUGUUACCAACGCUGUCGAGAUUCGAACCCCAACAAGGAGGAUUCAGCUUUGAGAACUGUGCCAGAAAUAACAACUUGGAAGCUCAGUGUUCAAGCCUUGGCCUGAACCCCCCCAAAGCACGGAAGACGGGGACCACCAUCGCCGGCCUCGUCUUUAGGGAUGGAGUCAUACUGGGAGCGGACAGGAGGGCUACUGAUGACAUGGUGGUGGCGGAUAAGAAUUGUGCCAAGAUUCAUUACAUCACUGACAAUAUAUAUUGUUGUGGAGCUGGAGUGGCUGCUGAUGCAGAAUACGUCACUCAGCUUAUAUCCUCCAACAUGAACCUUCAUGCGCUGUCCACUGGGCGUCAAGUACGUGUGUGCGCGGCUAACAGGAUGCUGAAACAGCUGAUGUACAGAUAUCAAGGCCACGUCGGUGCGUCGAUCAUCACUGGAGGGGUGGAUGAGAAGGGCCCCCACCUGUACAGCGUUCACCCACAUGGAUCCACAGACAAAACUCCGUUCACAGCUCUAGGAUCUGGUCAAUCUGCGGCAAUCGCUGUACUGGAAGAUCAGUUUAAAUCUAACAUGACGGUGGAAGAGGCAAAGAAGCUGGUCACGGAUGCCAUAACAGCUGGCAUCAUCUGCGACCUUGGAUCUGGAAGUGGGGUGGAUCUAUGUGUGAUUACACGAGAAGGGGGAAAAGUACUGAGAGGAUACACUGAAACAGAGUCCAAAGGAAAGAGGUUGCGGUCAUAUCGCUACGCCCGGGGAACCACACCUGUGCUGAGUGAAACCGUCACUCGCUAUGAGGUGGUAGAGGAAACCGUUCAAGUGAUGGAGACCGAAUAAACCAAUCCAACAGGAGCUCAUCACUAAACAUAUUGCAGAUGUUUAAUAAUUCCUAGUAGGCAAUAACAUUAAAGCCCAACCCCAACCAAA